AUGUCCCGCUCCGCACCUGCCUUCAUCGCCGAGAAGCCAAUCGACUACGAAUACACUAUACCUGGAGCUAUCCUCAUGGACGGCCUCUUGCAUUCGUUUUGCAUCGGAUUCGUUCUCGCUGAAGGGCUCAAGUAUUGGGACGAAUAUAAAGAUGAUGUGCGGAGAAAACGUGUUUUCGUUCUGCUCGUCGUGUUGCUGUCAUUGUUGCAAACAGUUCUCCAAGAUUACAAAGUGUGGACUGUUGCCGUUCUUGGCUCGCCCUGGGCGUCUAGCCCAUUGAUGUGGUGUGAUUUCUUUAUCAAUGCUGUGAUCUGCUCGAUGUGCGAGGCGUUCUAUAUUCGACGGAGUUGGAAGAUGACAGGGAAAAGUCCCGCCGUCCUCUACCCGAUGUCUCUGCUUUGGUUGGGAGCAAUCGCUGCACAUUUAUAUAUCACUAUCACCCUGGCUCUUGAAUUCCAAUAUUUCACCAUCGGCCACAUCUUUAAUAAGGAAGUGGAGAGCUUGUUCAGAAAUACGGUGAUCGUAUUCUCGUAUUGGAUAGUAGGCUGCACAGGUCUGUCGACUAUUUUGUUUUUCUUCGUGACAAGCGAAUUCUGCAGCACAGUCCUUGAUCUUAGUGUCGCCAUCAUCUUGAUAAUCGCGCUGUUCAAAUCCAAGACUGGUCUAGAUAGUUCCGACACCGCAAUGAAUCGAGUGAUCCUCAUGACUUUGGAGACUGCUCUCUUACCUUCGAUAUCGAUGGUCACCGGCGUUGUUGUUCUUCACGCGGCUUCCAAUCCUGGCAAAAACGAUGAUCUGGUGCUUUUCUUCGUCUUCAUCACCGCGAAACUUUAUGCCAUUGGACUGCUUCGUACCUUAAAUUCUCGCCAUCGUUUGCGUCAAAGGCUUGACUCGACAGAUAUUGGAAGAACGACCCUUGGGAAGUGGACCUGGGACCAAAACCAUCACCCGAAUCACCAGGCGCUUGAGAUAGUGGAAGUAAGAACAGAGAGGGAUUCGCAGCUUGUAAUGGAUGCAACAUUGCGUGGUUCAUUGAGUUCGACUGCAACUGCUCAUCGCUAUCAGGAAGUGGAUCGAGAGGAGGUGCGAGGGGUAGAGAGGAAGCGUGGUAUGUCGAAGAGUCGACUGCGUGUAGCGAGCAUCCAUGGGGAUGAGGAGGAAAACAUAUGA